GUGGGGGGGUUAGGCGCCUGCUUUGAACACCUGAACCGGGCUGCCCCUGUGAUGCAGCUCGGCAUCAGUAGAGACAGAGAAACACCGCCCGCGCAGGCUGCCCCGGGAACAGGAAGCGGACCCGGUCUGGUCUGGAUUUCGCGUGGGACGAUCAGGCAGCCCGUUAGUCGUCCGCCCGCACGCGAAGCUUUUCACCAUUGAACUUUAAUCAUGCGUCACUGGGAGGAGGACGACGACUUCAAGAAAAGGGAUCGAAACGAUGGCGCUAAGGUGUCCAAGAAGAAGACAAGACGAGGAAGUGAUGAUCGCUUCCAAUGCAGGGCCAGACCUCGUUAUCAUGACCAGUGGCAUUUAUUCAGGGCCCGUCAGCCAGAGGUUGUCCAAAGACGAGCUGCUGAUCCUUGGAUGGUCCAGGCCUCCAGACAUAAUGCUGCGAUGGGAGUUCAAGCCUGUCCGGCCAGUCUUGCGCUCCUGAAUACAGACAGGGCUGACGAACACGGUAUCUGCAUCAGCUGCAUCAGCCCCAACCAUCAGUUUGAGAAGAGGAAACUUUGUCUGAACGUGGAUGAACGUGAGCAGUGCGUCGUGAAUCUGAAAGUGGAAAACACUGGAACACAACCUGUGUAUUUCAUCUCCUACAUCCCACCGAAGCUGCCGAAGUACUUCACUCUGACAAAUGAGUUCAAAGUGAGCAAGACAAACCCUCUGUGCCUACAGCCAGGUGAAGGCUAUGAAAUCCACGUUAACUUCAGCAGAAGUGUGGUUGGUUUCUGUCGCGUUAAACUGAAUUUUGAAUUCAAGCGAGACCUGCAGACCUCCACUGCGUUCUACAUUGUGCACUUUAUUGAAAUUCACUGUUUAAGCGCCUUAGGACGGGAGCUUGCGCCUAUAGCACCCUUCAAACCUCGCCUCCUCCUUUCUCGGACCCCUGAAGUUGAUUACACGAUUAUGGAUGGAAGGCCACCUCAAAGGCUCCCAGAUAUGCAGCUACAAAGUGUGGUCCCGCUAAAAACGUAUCCAAUGCCAGGCUACAUGGACCAGCUCCUCAAGGAUCUGAAGCAGUCUACCUCCGGUAAAAGAAAGGCCGUACUGGAAAGUGCCUUGAGCUGGAAGAAGUAUGCCGAGAAGUUUCACCUGCUGCUGUAUCUGGAGGAGCAACAGAUGGACGUGGACAUCAAGAGAUACAACAUCCCCAACAAUGAAACAAAGGAGGCCAUUCUGGACAGAGAUCUCGUCAACAGGGAACUUCUCAUCCUGAAGGUGCCCGGCGUGUCUGAGAACCGGCCGUCGGUGCUACGAGGCGAUGCGGUGCUGGUGCGUCCAAUAGGAAAAAAUCUGGUCAAGUACCGCGGCUACGUCCACAGUGUGCAGCUCGACACCCUCAAACUCAGCUUCCACUCAAAAUUGCUGGAUUGCAUUGAGGAUGCCAUGAGAUUCAGUGUUGAGUUCACUGUCAGCCGCCUGACGUUGCGUCUUGCGCACAGAGCAGCAGACCUGGCAGACAGAUGUGGGCUGGGAGGGGUGUUGUUCCCUGCUGUACCCACCUUCACCCCUCAGCAAACUAAGCUCCCAGAACUCGUGCUGUUUGACUCGAAGUUGAAGGAAAACCCGGAGCAGUAUAAGGCUGUACAACACAUUGUAGCUGGCUCUUCCAAGCCUGCCCCGUACCUGGUAUUUGGCCCACCUGGAACAGGCAAAACUCUGACUCUGGUGGAGGCCAUCAAACAGCUCAACAAAAACCUGUCCUCCUGCCACAUCCUGGCCUGCGCUCCCUGCAACAGCGCCGCUGAUCUGCUCUGCCAGAAGAUCGUGGCCAGCGUGGACAAGCGUUUAGUGUUCCGCAUGUACGCCAACAGCUGUGAUGCAAACUGUGUCCCAGGAGAGCUCAAGGCAUGCUCUAACCUGAAAGGGCAGUGUUUCGUUUUUCCCACUAAAGAGAAGCUGAUGGAGUAUCGGAUCGUGGUCACCACCCUGUUUACUGCUGGGAGGCUGGUCACAGGAGGUAUCCCUGAAGGUCAUUUCACGCACAUCUUUGUGGAUGAGGCAGGACAAGCCACAGAGACCGAAUGUUUAAUCCCAUUGGCAGGGCUCCUCCGUGCAGAGUCUGGUCAGGUUGUUCUGGCUGGAGACCCCAAGCAGCUCGGACCCAUUGUCAGAUCCCCCUUUGCUCUAGAAUACGGCAUGGGAGUGUCCCUGUUGGAGCGCAUGAUGAAUCAUUAUGCUAACAACCUGAAGAACGAGGACAACAGCCGCUUUGUCAUCCAGCUGCUGCACAACUACAGGUCCCACCCUGACAUCCUGGAGUUUCCCAGUGAGAAAUUCUAUGAGAGAAAGCUGAAGGCUUGCGCGAAUGAAGUUGAACGUAACUCCCUCUGCGGAUUGGAAUUCCUCCCAACGAAGGGCUUCCCGGUGAUCUUCCAUGGUGUGUCCGGUGUUAACGAGCGUGAGGCCAGCAGUCCCUCAGUCUUCAACAGAGCAGAGGUACUGGUGCUGAUAGACUAUAUCAAGAAACUGCUGCAGACAAGCAACGAGAGGGGCCGGGCUACCAUCUUACCCAGUGACAUAGGCAUCAUCGCCCCCUACAGGAAACAGGUGCAGAAAAUCCAUCAGGCCCUGGACAAAGUUGGAAAAGACCUUAAAAUAAAGGAUCUGAGCGGCCUUAAGGUGGGUUCAGUGGAAGAGUUCCAAGGUCAGGAGAGGAGAGUGAUCUUGGUGUCUACAGUUCGAAGCCACCACGCUCAGGGAGGGUUCGAUGAAAAGUUCAACCUCGGCUUUGUCAAGAAUGACAAGAGAUUCAACGUGGCUGUGACUCGAGCUAAAGCCCUGCUGAUUGUGGUGGGAAACCCCUCAGCGCUGGCCAAAGAUGACACCUGGAGCGAGUUCAUUAAGUACUGCAAAGAUAAUGGAGGCUUCACUCAAGCAGAGGAAGACAAUGUGACUCACUGCCUGUAAGAUCGACACUGAGGCUGAAGUGGACCACCGAGAGUGCCUUUCAGCAGCUCGUGGACCUGGAGUUGAGGGCCGACCUGUGAGGGAAAGGGGCUGCUCAGACUUCCAUCCUGAGCACUCAAAGGGAUUCAUUUUGCUUUUAGACUGGUAUAUUUCUUCACCAGAUGCUUUAAACAAAAGGUUGAACCUUUUUUAUUUUUGCAUUUAUCUCUAAAAAGGCUUCAUGGCACAUUAAAGGUACACAGCCGCCAUUCAUGAGACCAAAAUAACAGUCUACAAUAUCUGUUUAAUGUCAGCUAUAUGAACUUGACCAAAGGUCGCGAAGGACAGGGAGCUAAAUAAUUUAGUGUGACCUAUUUGAAAUGAAAUUUUACCAACCAAAACUGUGAGUCUCAAGUGUUCUUGGGUUUUCGACUUUUGACCUAUCAUCACUGCUCCUGUAGAAUCAUGUAGUUUAUUUGUAGGUUCACUGAAGCGAGUGUUAAGUAUGAAGCUUCAACUUUACUUUUGAAUCACUAUGACUCAAUAGAACUAUUUUUAUUGAUGAUGACCAAAUAAAACAUGUCUAUGGCCUA